CCCUGGGAGAAGCUGCUGUGACAGGAUCGCGCCGUGCGAGUACUUCGUGGGGCUCUUGCUCUCGUACUGUGGAGGAGUGGAGGGCUGCGCUGGACGCACGGUGGGAACACUCCUCAGCGGCCGACAGGAACGUGCGGAACGAGUUCGCGGUCUGAGUCCGUGUCGCGAACGCGCACACCUCGCAGCUUGACGUGCGGAAGGUCGCAGAGGCUGUGCGGCUCGUCCGUGUCCGGAGCCCCCGUGCGAGCAGCGGCUGCCCGAAGAACCAGCGAAAAGGUCCCACCACGAAGGAGAGAGAGUCCCAAGACGGCCCACGACCCCGGGGGGCGCUGCAGGACACAGCGCACACCCGGAGCACCUGCCCGCAUGACCCUGGUACCGCGGUGGCGACGAUGGGCAACGGCAUGCAGGAGCGCCAGGGGGCGCUGACACAGGGCGAAGUGCGGCCCCUCCCGUCCGCCGGCCAGUCAGAGGGCUACAAGCAGGGUCGCUCUGUGCUCAAGUCGUUGCUGUCGGGGGCUUUCGCUGGCGCCGUGGCCAAAACGGCUGUCGCUCCGCUGGACCGAACCAAGAUCAUGUUCCAAGUGUCCUCAAACAGGUUCUCCGCCAAGGAGGCCUACAAGCUCAUCUACCGCAUGUACCUGAAGGAGGGCUUCUUCAGCCUGUGGAGGGGCAACUCGGCCACCAUGGUGCGCGUCGUGCCCUACGCCGCCAUCCAGUUCUGCGCCCACGAGCAGUACAAGCACCUCCUGGGCAAACGCUACGGCUUCCAGGGGAAGGCUCUGCCACCGUUCCCUCGCCUGCUCGCGGGGUCGCUGGCCGGCACCACGGCUGCCAUGCUCACGUACCCCCUGGACAUGGUGCGUGCCAGGAUGGCCGUCACGCCCAAGGAAAUGUACGGCAACAUCUUGCACGUGUUUGUGCGCAUCUCGCGAGAGGAGGGUAUGAAGACGCUUUACCGCGGUUUCACCCCCACCAUCUUGGGCGUGGUGCCGUACGCCGGCCUCAGCUUCUUCACCUACGAAACGCUGAAGAAGCUGCACGCAGACAAGAGUGGCCGUUCGCAGCCCUAUUCCUACGAGCGGCUGGCAUUCGGCGCGUGCGCUGGGCUCAUCGGCCAAUCGGCGUCCUACCCGCUGGACGUGGUGCGGCGGCGCAUGCAGACGGCCGGGGUCACGGGCCACACCUACAGCACCAUUGUGGGCACCAUGCGGGAGAUCGUGGCCGAGGAGGGCGUGGUGCGCGGCCUCUACAAGGGCCUCAGCAUGAACUGGGUCAAGGGCCCCAUCGCCGUGGGCAUCAGCUUCACCACCUUCGACCUCACGCAGAUCCUGCUGCGCAAGCUGGAGCAGCUCGGCUACUUCCCCCGGUAACGCGGCAACCUGAUGGGGGGGGGGGGGGGGGGGCAGAGCAGGAGGUGCUGUGGGACUGGAUGGAAAUGCUGACCCCUGCAGGACAACUGCUGCAUUACAGCGGGGAGUGGUUUGGGGGGGCAGUGGGUGGGUUACAGGGGGCCCUUUGAAGGGGAGUGUGAGGUACGGCCCCAUAUAUCUCCCUCGGUCAGCCUCUCUCUCUCUCUCUCUCUCUCUCUCUUUCUCGCUCACUCUCUCUCUGUCUCUCUCACACACACACACACACACACACCUUGCCUACUUUGCCUGAAUUUCAACAUGUUUCCUUAGUGAGUGCUUGUUCUGUUUGAGAGAGUGUUUCAUGUCUGUGCCGCGUGUGCCGUUGCAGUGUUAUCGUCCCGUCCGUUGCGUUGAGCAGCUCCGUUCCGAGGUCGCCUACGCUGGCGGGUCAGAGGUCAAUCGGCUGAGCGUCGUUACCGGACCCAUCAGACUGUUACGCGUCACGCUGCUGUAGCUACGUUUCCCAAGCUCAUGGUUAGGAGCGCUGACCCUCACCUUCCCACCGUAGUUCACCUUCACCCUGAGCUCUGUUCCCUUAGAGCAACACUCUUUCUGCUGGAACCUGGAGACAGUAUGCAGUAAAUACACACAUACAUAUAUAUACACAAAGGGCAGUGUGUGUGUGUGUAUGAGUAAUGUGUUCUUCAUAACUAGUGAAGCUCUAAUCCUUAUGUUUAGAAGCAGUGAUAGACGAAUGACGCUAAGAUCAAAAAUCUGGAUAACGGACUGCACAGAACAAGUAUGGAGAGCCAGCCGCGAACAAAACGUGUGUGUGUGUGUGUGUGUGUGUGUGUGUGUGUGUGUGUGUGUGUGUUGCGGUUCAAAGGCCCAUGUGAAUGUGACAACCUGCAUGAACGACAGCGCAACUGUGCGGGAGGGGAGCAGGAUGUCGUGCGAGCGAGACGAGGGUCGCCGCUAACGUCUCGACUCGCACCCCUGCACCCUGGAGCCGCGUCUGGAGCUCCGUCCUCCUCGCGUUGCCGUGCCGCCGAUUGUCGUCACCGCCGAUCCUUAAGUGCCUCGGAGAGUCGUUAACCGUAACGGUCCGUUUCGGCUCGGCGUCCUCCCGCCCGUCUCGCCACGCGUCAUUCGCUUUGUCUCCGUUUCCGUGCGGUGCGAGAGACGCGUGAGCAGGAUCCCUCACAGCGAAUGUGUUCCCACUGCCUUUAAGUGCCGAGCUGCACGGUUAGUUUACAGGGACGCGGCACGAGGCCGACCGGCUCCUCGCCCUCCUACGCGCACUUCUGAAAGACAAUCUCGUCACCCCAAAGCUCUGGCGGACUGAAUGCGUUGGUCGCCACCGCCGUGAGCCCGAGUGAGGCCUCGGUGCCCCCGCCCCCCACCCUGUAGGACUCGUGUAGCUCCAAGUGGCUUUACCAAAAACAUAACAGUGGAAUCGAACAGAUUUGACUAAUUUUGCAUGUGAAUUCAGAGUGUUGUACGGUGAGUGUGGAAAUGCACAGUGGGCGCGCAGUGUGUGGAGUGUGUGUGGAGUGUGUCCUGUGUGGAAUGCGAAGCUCCUCGCUGCUCCCGAACGCUCUGUAGACUGAAGCUGCCAGAAGCAUCGCGUCCUCCUCUCUACGCCGUCUUCGUGGGGGGGCUCGAGCUGUAGGUUGUGUCCCUGAGUGACGCUGCCGACAAACGAAGGUCACGCUGUGCAGUACUGCUGUAGUAUUACCACGGUUGAAUGCAGUAAGUGGUAUAUUUGGGUGUCACUUCCUGAUCUCACUCAUGCUCACCUUUCAUCUCACUAAUUGUGACACAGAACAGGAUAUUUUUGUGUACAUUUUAAUUGUUUGUGCCAAGAGAAUGUAUAUUAAAAGUGUUACUACA